CAGCUUUUUCGAAAAGUCACGACCGCGAUAAACACCACCACCACCAUGAAGACUUCCUUUGUCUUUCUUACUCUCUUUUCCCCUUUGCUCGUGCUUGCGGCUGUAGAGGCGCAGUCUGCUGACGUCUCGGAACAGCCUGACAAGUUGAACAAUGGUGUCCCAUCCAUCCUUGAGGUCACUGGUCGCCGCCUCAAGAAGGGAGGCUCCAGCUCGUAUGGCAAAGGCGGCACAGCUUCGUCCAGCGCGGACAGCAAAGGCAAGGGCGGCAAAGGUGCGUCCGGCUAUACGAAAAGCACCAAGUCCUCCAAGUCUCGCAAAUCGGCAAAGGAUCCCAAAUCAGAAAAGCACCCCAAGGCUACCAACGCACCUGUACCCGUCGCAGCUCCCGUAGUCGCCCCUGUUCCACCUCCCACCGUCGCUCCCGUCCCAUCUCCCAUUGUUCCUUUUAUGGAGGUUGUGGAUGUGGGAUACAGCAUCUCGGUGGAAGCCAACAUGGGGACUGAUAUGAUGGAGUUCUUUACAGAGCUUGAAACAGGACUUGUUGCCGCCAUGGAUAUCUUGGCGCCCGAAAUUGUCGCGGAGAUUCUUGCCCCCGGAGGACGAUACUUGAAGGCUAGUGUCCUGGCCAUUCACAAUCAGCGCCGUCUGACUGCCGUGGUGCAGUUGCCGACCUCCAUUGAAUCCUUAAUGAUGAUGGAGUGCGGCAAUUCUGUGAUUGGCGAUGAUUUACUUUGCUUUGACAUUGUUCAUAGCAUUGCGCUAGAAAUCAGCGGUGACACUGUCCCAGAGGAAUUUACGGGGCUCUUUGAAGAAGACAUGGACACUGCAAUUAAAGAAGAUCUGCUACGAGACAAAUUGCUUGAGACCAAUCCUAACUCUACAGUGAUUGUCUUUCCCCCUCCUGUCCAGCCAACUCCCGAAGUGUCCAGCCCCCCGACUUUGGCUCCGACUACGAAGCCCGCCGGCGCUCCGCCAGGAAUGCCAGUCAAUGACCCCAAUUUGGUGCCGGCUCCAUCUCCAACUGCAGCCCCAACUUUGAUGCCGUCUACGAUGCCCUUGGCAGCACCCCCCACUGGAACCGACUGGACAAUCAGACCCAUUACGGCCGACGAUUAUUGGCAAAGCGUCACGUACGCGAAUAACAUGUUUGUCGCAGUCUCAUUCGACCGGGUCAUGACCAGUCCCGACGGCAUAAAUUGGACGCCUCGUACCGCUGCGGAAACCGGCGAAUGGCGGGACGUCACUUUUGGAAAAGGAAUGUUUGUUGCAGUGGGAUGGAGUAUCGUCAUGUACAGUUCGAAUGGCGUGGAUUGGACCAGUGCAACCAAGGUGCCCGCCCAAGAAUGGCUUUCCGUCACCUACGGAAACGGAUUGUUUGUCGCCGUGCCCUAUGGUGGCAAUCGUAUCAUGACCAGUUCGGACGGCAUGGCUUGGACGAGUCGUACCAGUGCGGCCGACGCUUUCUGGCAGGGUGUCGCGUACGGGAAUAAUAUGUUUGUGGCAGUUUCUCAGAAUGAUGGAACGGUCAUGACCAGUCCAAACGGCAUCAACUGGACGGCUGGUACCGCUGCGGCAGCGAAUAAUUGGAUCAGCGUCACGUACGGCAAAGGGAAGUUUGUCGCAGUGUCUUGUUUUGGCAGCGGCAAAAGUGUCAUGACAAGUGCAGAUGGCAUAACUUGGACUGGCCACACCGGUGUGCCAAACACUUGUUGGUGGCGUGUGACGUUUGGUGGCAACACGUUCGUUGCCGUGGCGUCUCGUGGCGACGGCAGUCGGAUCAUGACUAGUUCGGAUGGCGAAACCUGGUCCUCGCAGAUCACUCCCGAAGCGAACACCUGGAGGGGCGUGACUUUUGGCGCAAAUACAUUUGUGGCGGUAGCGGAUAGUGGAACCAAUCGAGUCAUGACCGGGUAG